UAAAUUGAAUAUAAGAUAGUUUUUAAAAUGUUUUUACGGAGAUUAAAAGUUAAUAAGUUAUUAUUAGUAAGACAAUUUUCAGAUCAAAUUUGUGCACCGAAUACGGAUAAACCAAAAAUAUUAAUAACCGGUGGAUUAGGUCAAUUGGGUAUCGAAACGGCAAAAUUAUUACGUUCAUUAUUAGGUAACGACAAUGUGAUAUUAUCGGAUAUAAUAAAACCACAAGCAAGUGUCUCAGCAAAUGGACCAUAUAUAUUUGCUGAUAUAUUAGAUUUUAAAGGUUUACAACGAACGGUAGUUGAUUAUCAAAUUGAUUGGAUCAUACAUUUCUCAGCAUUGUUGAGUGCUGUUGGUGAACAAAAUGUACCAUUGGCUGUACGUGUGAAUAUCGAAGGAAUGCAUAAUAUGAUUGAAUUGGCUAAACAAUAUAAAUUACGUAUAUUUGUACCAAGUACAAUUGGUGCUUUUGGUCCAGAAUCACCACGUAAUCCAACACCGAAUGUUACAAUACAACGUCCGAAAACUAUUUAUGGUGUAUCGAAAGUGCAUGCUGAAUUGUUAGGUGAAUAUUAUCAUCAUAAAUUUGGCUUGGAUUUUCGAUGUUUACGAUUUCCUGGAGUAAUUUCUAGUGAUCCACCUGGUGGUGGUACAACAGAUUAUGCAGUGGCAAUAUUUCAUGAAGGCAUUAAAAAUCGUAAAUUUAAUUGUUAUUUAAAACCUGAUACUAGAUUACCAAUGAUGUAUAUAAAAGAUUGUUUGAGUGCAUUAUGGCAAUAUAUGUCAACGCCAGAAGAAAAAUUAAAACGACGUGUUUAUAAUGUGACGGCAAUGAGUUUUACACCAGAAGAAUUAGCAAAUGAAAUUCGUAAACAUAUACCAAAUUUAGAAGUUACUUAUAAUCCAGACAGUCGACAAGCUAUUGCCGAUGAUUGGCCACAAGUAUUUGAUGAUAGUGAAGCACGAGAAGAUUGGAAUUGGAAAUCAAAAUAUGAUUUGCCCAAAUUAGUAACAUCAAUGAUUGAAGACGUUAACAAAUAUUAUACAAUUAAUAAAUGAUUAUUACUAAAUUCGA